AUGAAGCUCAACCACAGCUCGGAGGAGCGCUUCCUGCUGCUGGGUUUCUCCGACUGGCCGUCCCUGCAGCCGGUCCUCUUCGCACCGGUCCUGCUCUGCUACCUCCUAACGCUGACCGGCAACGCGGCGCUGGUGCUGCUGGCGGUGCGCGGCCCGCGCCCGCACACGCCUGUGUACUAUUUCCUUCACCUGGCCCUGGUGGACGCGGGCUUCACCACCAGCGUGGUACCGCCGCUGCUGGCCGGCCUGCGGUGCAUGCUGCAGCUGUGCGCCUCGCUGGCGCUGGGCUCCGCCGACUGCGCGCUGCUGGCUGUGAUGGUCCUGGACCGCGCGGCCGCUGUGUGCCGCCCGCUCCGCUACGCCGCGCUCGCCUCCCCGCGCCUGUGCCGCGCGCUGGCCAGCGCCUCCUGGCUGGGCCGCCUCGCCAACUCUGCGGCGCAGACGGCCCCGCUGGCCCCGCGGCCUCUGUGCGCGCCCCGCCGGCUGGACCACUUCAUCCGUGAGCUGUCCGCACUGCUGCAGCUGGCCUGCCGCGGGGGCCGCAGCGCUACCGAGAGCCGGACGUUCGCGGCACGCGCGGUCAUCCUGCUGGUGCCGUCCGCGGUCAUCCUGGCCUCCUACGCCGCGGUGGGCCACGCCGUCUGGGGCACGCAAUCCCACGCGGGGCUGCGGAAAGCGGCGGGCACCUGUCGCUAGCACCUGACAGCCGUCUGCCUGUUCUACGGCUCCGCCUCCUACGCCUACCUGCGACCCAUGCACAGCUACGAGCAGGGCCGUGGCAAGUUCGCCUCGCUCUUCUACACCGUGGUCACACCCGCGCUCAACCUCCUCAUCUACACGCUGCGGAACAAAGAGGUGAAGGGGACGGCGCGGAGGCUCCUGCAGAGUCUGGCAGGAAGGCAGGUCCGAAACUGA